UGCUGCUCUGUGUCUGAGCACCUGAGAAGGGUCCAGAGAAGUUCUCAGUCCGUACUGGGGGCUCUGCACAUUAUGGUUGGGUUGCUCAACAUCGGCCUUGGAACGAUACUCACUUGGCAUGGCAAUGGCUAUUGGAUUUCAGUGGACGGAUUUCCUUUUUGGCUUUUUGGUGGAUUGUUUAUUUUGUUUGGCACCAUUGGCAUUUUGUCUGAGAAGUACCCCAGUCCAUGUCUGGUCAUCAUCAAUGUGAUCCUGAAUCUAGCAGGAGUUGGUAUUGCCAUUGCUGGCAUCGUACUCUACAGCGUAAAUACGUCAACCAUUUACAUGUGGUGGAUGUGUAGGAAUUACGACGAUGAUUACUAUUCAUCCUACAGGAGACAGACUACAACUCCCUCUCCUGAGCAGGACAUCAUGAAGGAGAAAUGCUUGGAGGUCAAAGAACUGACUCUGAUGCUUUUGAGAAGCAUAAGCGCUGUGCUGAUUGUCCUGUCAACCCUGGAGCUCUGCCUUACCAUCAGCUCUGCCGUCAUGGCGAUCAAGGCUCUAAAGAGCAGUCAGAAGGGAGAAAAGGAGAAGACCGGGGACCCAGAACUCUACAAACCACUGCUGGAGGAAGUCACCAGUAACCCCACAGUCUGAAUGGAAAUAUCUGCUUUGUGCUCUGAGCUACCACGUAUAAUCCUGUGCAUUUAUACCAUUGACUGUAUAUCUAUGUAAUGUCAAUGAUUUAGUCAAAUUCAGGUGGUAUGCUUAAAAAUACUUAAAGAUAGCACUUAUAUUUUGUAUGAUUUUCUAUAGAAUAAUGUGCCUUACGGUCAGCUUGUGUAGGUAAAAGGGAAGUUCAUGAAUGUGAGUAUGUGACAUUGAUAGAAAUAUACGGUUUUUGUUUACUAUUUUACAAUAUUAAGUCAUGUUAAAAAAAGUCAUCAAUGUUGAUUGUUUGUGCUUCUGUGUACUUUAUGAUAAACCUUAAAGCCAGACACGACAAUGUAAUCAGUUUAAUAACUAGUUGUGUUCUUUGUGUACGAAUAAUAAACCGUUAUCAUUAAAGUA